UUCUAAACAGAUAAGAGAACUCCAGUCUUACUCCAAUGGCGGCGAAGAAGCAGGAGAAGAGCUCGCCAAAGAAGAGGAAGCAAAUCCCAGGCAAUAAGCCGGAGACCAACAGCUCGACUUCCAAGAAGCCCAAGCUCCUCGACUCCAAGCCCUCAAAUCCUCGAAGCACCGACUUCAAGAAACCCCCCAAACCUUUCAAGCCCCGAGAACCGGGACUCGAUCAUGAGAAACAAGUUCCGCUUUCGAAGCAAGAGGGCCGCCUCCGUGCCAAGGAGCUUGCAGAGGCUAGGAAGAAGAAGCGGAAGCGUCAUUACAAUUUAGAGCAAGAGCUUGCACAUCUGUGGGAAAAGAUGCGGCAACGAAAUAUUUCCAAAGAAGAUCGAUCCAAGUUGGUGAGUGAAGCGGUAGAGAAAAUGAAGGGGAAAAUUCCUGAAAUCGCAAGCUCCCAUGUGUCCUCUCGUGUUCUGCAGACUUGCGUUAAGUACUGUUCACAAGCGGAAAAGGAUGCAGUUUUUGAGGAGCUUCAGCCACAUCUUCUUACUCUUGCAUGCAACACGUAUGCUGUUCAUCUGGUGACCAAAAUGUUAGACAAUGCCUCCAAAAUGCAGCUAGCGGCAUUUAUCUCAUCUCUCCGAGGACAUGUUGCUUCCCUUCUUCGUCACAUGGUUGGUUCUGUAGUCGUUGAGCAUGCAUACCAAUUGGGAAAUGCAACUCAAAAGCAUGAACUUUUGGUGGAACUAUAUUCUACGGAGCUUCAGUUGUUUAAGGACUUGGUCUCGAAGAAUGAGGGCAGGUUACUAGAUAUAAUUUCAAAGCUAGAUCUGCAGAAAUCUUUGGUGUUGCGGCACAUGACCUCAGUGAUUCAACCAAUUUUAGAGAAAGGAAUAAUUGAUCACUCUAUAGUACACAGGGUGUUGAUAGAGUACUUCACAAUAGCUGAACAGUUCUCUGCCACAGAUGUAAUUAAACAGUUGUCUGGCCCACUUCUUGUUCGGGUGAUCCACACAAAGGAUGGAUCUAAGGUUGGGAUGCUUUGUGUCAAGCAUGGCAGUUCAAAGGAAAGAAAGAAGAUAAUCAAAGGAAUGAAAGGCCACGUUCAUAAAAUAGCUCUUGAUCAAGGUGGAAGUAUGGUGCUUGUUUGCCUCGUUUCAACUAUUGAUGAUACGAAGCUUACUACAAAGGUUGUCAUUCAUGAGCUUCAAGAAAAUCUAAAGGAUCUUGUUCUUGAUAAGAACGGAAGGCGCCCAUUACUGCAGUUACUUCAUCCAAAUUGUUCACGCUAUUUGACUCCCGAUGACCUGGCUUCCCUCAGUUUGUCUAUCCCUUCUCUUUCCAACAAGGCUGAACAUGACAAUUCCGAGACAAAAUCUUCAAAGGUUAACAACUCUGGUGAAGAGGGCAGUCGUGAUUUGGAAUUAGAUGAAGCGGAUACGAAUGCUGAGGAUGGCCUCCACUCGGUUGAGGGGGGAAAAAAGGAUCCUGCCAUUCGAAGGCAGGAGUUGUUAGUCCAGAGUGGGCUGGCUGAGAAGCUAGUUGAUGUAUGCAUUACAAGUGCCGGGGAAUUGCUUAGAUCAAAUUUUGGCAAAGAAGUCAUAUAUGAGGUUGCAACUGGGGGUGCCGGUGGAAUUCUCCACCCAACUUUGGAUGACAAGUUGAGUGAGUUAUAUGAAACUAUAGCAUCUCUUGUAGCAGAACCGAAAUCCCAAGAAUCCAAAGAGGACUCAAAAGAGGAACACAUCCUUGAAAAUUUCCAUUCCAGUCGGACCAUAAGAAAAUUAAUCCUGGACUGCCCCACAUUUGCUUCCACUUUGUGGAACAAAGCACUCAAAGGAAAGUGUGAGUUGUGGGCCCAAGGUCACAGCGGAAAGGUAAUUGCUGCAUUCUUAGAAUCCUCAGACUCUAAGGUAAAUCAACUGGCAAAGAAGGAGUUGAAGAAGUUGAUAGACGGUGGCAUUCUCAAAGUGCCCGAUCCAAAAGUAGCCACCGGAAAGAAGGAAUGAGGAAGUUGUGGUCUUCUAUAGUCCCCGAGCUAAAACACAAAGUGACCCCAGCUCCAGCUCCACGCCACCUGCCGGCAUGGCUCUUUUGACUGAAUGUAGCUAAAGGCCAGCUUAAAAAUUUUGUAUUGAGUGUAUCUCUUUAUAUUUAUACAAUUUUGUAAUGUGGUUGGUACAAUCUAAGAAAAUUAUACAUUUUGGUUUUGGUUAGCAA